UUCUACCCGUUCAAAAUGUUACAGCUUACACAUUUGUUGUUCAUCUUUCUCUUCGGUAACUGUUUAUGUUUUCAAGAUGAUUACUAUUGGCGAGAAUAUACUGAUGGUGAAGUGCCCGUAGAUGCUAUAGUUGGAGGCCAAAAUAGUGAAGGUAUAAACAUUUAUAUUGGACAAGCUUACAUAAAAGAUCGUGGAAUCAUAGUCACUGAAAUUUUUGCUGGAAUACAAGAAGUAUAUGUUCCUAUGUCAGGAGAAGCAGUGAAAACAGCAGAAGUUAUAAAAAUACUUUGUGGUCCUGAACAAAACUUAUAUUGGGCCUCGACAAAUUCUACUAGUGUUCACUCAUUACUUGUUAAUCGAGAUGCUGUAAUUGGUGGACAUGAAUAUGGAAAGAAAGAUUCCGAUGCCCAUGGUAUAUUACACAUUGGAAAAAACAAAGCACAAAAUAAAAUUGGCAAAAUUCCUAUCUUUGAAAAAGAUCCUCAGUUUUACUUUAGUGACAAUCUAAAAGAGAGUACUGCGACCACUUUCGAAAUACUUUUGUACAAGAAAAAUUAAACUAGGUAUAGUACAUCAGCUGAUAACGGCAAAAAAUAACCAAUGGGUGGUAUGAUUAAAAUAUGUAUUACGUGUAUAUGCUCUUACUUAAAUAGGAACUUUUACUCUGUAGUGUUUUGUUUAGUAUAAUCUUUUAAAUAAAGUAAACACUUCAGUACCUA